UGGGUUAAUAUCACCACUUGGUUUGGUAUAAAGCUGAGGAUGGGUCUGGGUUAAUAUAACCACUUGGUUUGGUAUAAAGCUUUGGAAGGGGAAAUAUAACCACUUGGUUUGGUGUGAUGUGAGAAUGGGGAAAUGUAACCACUUGGUUUGGUAUAAAGCUGAGCAUGGGGAAAUAUAACCACUUGGUUAGGUAAAAAGCUGAGGAUAGGUGUGGGUUAAUAUAACCACUUGGUUUUGUAUAAAGCUGAUGAUUUGGAAAUGUAACAACCUGGUUUGAUAUAAAGCUGAGGAUGGGGAAAAAUAACCACUUGGUUUGGUAUAAAGCUGAGGAUGGAGAAAUAUAACCAAUUGGUUUGUUAUAAAGCUGAGGAAGGUGAAAUUUAACCACUUGGUUUGGUAUAAACCUGGCGAUGGGAAAAUAUAACCACUUGGUUUGACAAAAAGCUGAGGAUGGAGAAAUAUAACCACUUGGUUUAGUAUAAAGCUGAGGAUGGGUCUGGGGAAAAAUUAAUACUUUGUUUGGUAUAAAGCUGAGGAUGGAUAAAUAUAACAUUUUACAUUUACAUUUUAGUCAUUUAGCAGAUGCUCUUAUCCAGAGCGACUUACAGUUAGUGAGUGCAUACAUUUUUCACUACCCCAUGAUGUCAAAGUGGAAUUAUGUUUUUCAUUUUUAUUAAAAAGCUGAAAUGUCUUGAGUCAAUAAUUAUUCAAGCCGUUUUUUAUGUCAAGCCUAAAUAAGUUCAGGAGUAAACAUUUGCUUAACAAGUCAUAAGUUGCAUGGACUCACUGAGCACAAUAAUAGAGUUAAACAUAAUUUUUGAAUGACUACCUCAUCUCUGUACCCCACACAUACAAUUAUCUGUAAGGUCCCUCAGUCGAGCAGUGAAUUUCAAAACAGAUUCAACCACAAAGACAAGGGAGGUUUUCCAAUGCCUCGCAAAGGAGGGCAGCUAUUGGUAGAUGGGUAAAAAAAAAAAGCAGACAUUGAAUAUCCCCUUUGAGUAUGGUGAAGUUAUGAAUUACCCAUUAGAUUGUGUAUCAAUACACCCAGUCACUACAAAGAUACAGGUGUCCUUCCUAACUCAGUUGCCGGAGAGGAAUGAAACCACUCAGGGAUUUCACCAUGAGGCCAAUGGUGAAUUUAAAACAGUUACAAUGUUGAAAUGGCUGUGAUAGGAGAAAACUGAGGAUCGAUCAACAACAUUGUAGUUACUUCACAAUACUAACCAAAUUGACAGAGUGAAAAGGAGGAAGCCUGUAUAAAAUACAAAUAUUCCAAAACAUGCAUCCUGUUUGCAACAAGGCACUAAAGUAACACUAACAAAAUGUGUCAAAGCAAUACAUUUUUGUCCUCAAUACAAAGUGUUAUGUUUGGAGCAAAUCCAAUACAACACAUUACUAAAUACCACUCUCCAUAUUUUCAAGCAUAGUGGUGGCUGCAUCAUGUUAUGGGUAUGCUUGUAAUCGGUAAGGACUGGGUAGUUAAGGAUAAAAAUAAACAGAAUGGAGCUAAGUACAGGUAAAAUCCUAGAGGAAAACCUGGUUGUCUGCUUUCCACCAGACACUGGGAGAUGAAUUCACCUUUCAGCAGGACAAUAACCUAAAACACAAGGCCAAAGUGGCUUACCAAGAAGACAGUGAAUGUUCCUGAGUGGCCGAGUUACAAUCUAUGCCAAGACCUGAAAAUGGUUGUCUAGCAAUGAUCAACAAACAAUUUGACAGAGCUUGAAGAAUUUUGAAAAGCAUAAAAAUGGCAAACGUUGCACAAUCCAGGUGUGGAAAGCUUAGACUUAUCCAGAAAGACUCACAGUUGUAAUUGCUGCCAAAGGUGCUUCUACAAAAGUAUUUACUCAGGGGUAUGCAUACUUAUUUAAAUAAGAGAUUUCAUUUUCAAUAAAUGCUCAAACAUUUCUAAAAACAUGCAUUCACUUUCUCAUUAUUGGGCAGAUGGGUUAGAAAAAAAUCAAUUGAAUCCAUUUUGAAUUCAGGCUGUAACAACAAAAUAUGGAAUAAGUCAAGGGGUACAGUUGAAGUCAGAAGUUUACAUACACCUUAGCCAAAUAUAUUUAAACUCAGUUUCACAAUUCCUGACAUUUAAUCCUAGUAAAAAUUAAUUCCCUGUCUUAGGUCAGUUAGGAUCACCACUUUAUUUUAAGAAUGUGAAAUGUCAAAAUAAUAGUAGAGAGAAUUAUUUCUUUCAGCUUUUAUUUCUUUCAUCACAUUCCCAGUGGGUCAGACGUUUACAUACACUCUAUUAGUAUUUGGUAGCAUUGCCUUUAAAUUGUUUAAUUUGGGUCAAACGUUUCAGGUAGCCUUCCACAAGCUUCCAACAAUACGUUGGGUGAAUUUUGGCCCAUUCCUCUUGACAGAGCUGGUGUGACUGAGUCAGGUUUGUAGGCCUCCUUGCUCGCACACCCUUUUUCGGUUCUGCCAACACAUUUUCUAUAGGAUUGAGGGCUUUGUGAUGGCCACUCCAAUACCUUGACUUUGUUGUCCUUAAGCCAUUUUGCCACAACUUUGGAAGUAUGAUUGGGGUCAUUGUCCAUUUGGAAGACCCAUUUCCGACCAAGCUUUAACUUCCUGACUGAUGUCUUGAGAUGUUGCUUCAAUAUAUUCACAAUUUUCCUUCCUCAUGAUGACAUCUAUUUUGUGAAGUGCACCAGUCCCUCCUGCAGCAAAGCACCCCCACAGCAUGAUUCUGCCACCCCUGUGCUUCACGGUUGGGAUGGUGUUCUUCGGCUUGCAAGCUGCCCCCGUUUUCCUCCAAACAUAACGAUGGACAUUAUAGCCAAACAGUUCUAUUUUUGUUUCAUCAGACCUGAGGACAUUUCUCCAAAAAGUAUGAUCUUUGUUCCCAUGUGCAGUUGCAAACCGUAGUCUGGCUUUUUUAUGGCGGUUUUUGAGCAGUGGCUUCUUCCUUGCUGAGCGGCCUUUCAGGUUAUGUCGAUAUAGAACUCGUUUUACUGUGGAUAUAGAUACUUUUGUACCUAUUUCCUCCAGCAUCUUCACAAGGUCCUUUUCUGUUGUUCUGGGAUUGAUUUGCACUUUUCACACCAAAGUACGUUAAUCUCAAGGAGACAGAACGCGUCUCCUUCCUGAGCGGUAUGACGGCUGCGUGGUCCCAUGGUGUUUAUACUUGCAUACUAUUGUUUGUACCAAUUGUUUGUAACCAAUUGGCUUGGCAUAAAGCUUAGGAUUGGAAAAAAUAACCACUUGGUUUGGAAUGUUGUGAGAAUGGAGAAAUAUAACCACUCUGUUUGGUAUAAAGCUGAGGAUGGGAAAAUAUAACCACUUGGUUAAGUAUAAAGCUUUGGAAGUUGGUUAUUAUAGCAGCUUAGUAAUGUAAGGCCUUGGUUAUUCUACUGGUUAUUAUAUCACCAUAGUAAUGGAAGGCCUUGGUUAUUCUACAGGUUAUUAUAACAGCAUAGUAAUGGAAGGCCUUGGUUAUUCUACUGGUUGUAAUAGCAGCACAGUAAUGGAAGGCCUUGGUUAUUCUACUGGUUAUUAUAGCAGCAUAGUAAUGGAAGGCCUUGGUUAUUAUACUGGUUAAUAUAUCAGGAUAGUAAUGGAAGGCCUUGGUUAUUCUACUGGUUAUCAUAGCAGCAUAGUAAUGGAAUGCCUUGGCUAUUCUACAGGUUAUUAUAGCAGCAUAGUAAUGGAAGGCCUUGGUUAUUCUACUGGUUAUUGUAGCAGCAUAGUAAUGAAAGGCCUUGGUUAUUCUACUGGUUAUUAUAGCAGCAUAGUAAUGGAAGGAAUUGGUUAUUCUACUGGUUAUUAUAUCACCAUAGUAAUGGAAGGCCUUGGUUAUUCUACUGGUUAUUAUAGAAGCAUGGUAAUGGAAGGCCUUGGUUAUUCUACAGGUUAUUAUAGCAGCAUAGUAAUGGAAGGCCUUGGUUAUUCUACUGGUUAUUAUAUCACCAUAGUAAUGGAAGGCCUUGGUUAUUCUACAGGUUAUUAUAGCAGCAUAGUAAAGGAAGGCCUUGGUUAUUCUACUGGUUAUUAUAUCAGCAUAGUAAUGGAAGGCCUUGGUUAUUCUACUGGUUAUUAUAGCAGCAUAGUAAUGGAAGGCCUUGGUUAUUCUACUGGUUAUUAUAUCACCAUAGUAAUGUAAGGCCUUGGUUAUUCUACUGGUUAUUAUAUCACCAUAGUAAUGGAAGGCCUUGGUUAUUGUACUGGUUAUUAUAGCAGCCUAGUAAUGGAAGGCAUUGGUUAUUCUACUUGUUAUUAUAUCACCAUAGUAAUGGAAGGCCUUGGUUAUUCUAUUGGUUAUUAUAGCAGCAUAGUAUUGGAAGGCCUUGGUUAUUCUACUGAUUAUUAUAUCACCAAAGUAAUGGAAGGCCUUGGUUAUUCUACUGGUUAUUAUAGCAGCAUAGUAAUGGAAGGCCUUGGUUAUUCUAAUGGUUAUUAUAUCACCAUAGUAAUGGAAGUCCUUGGUUAUUCUAAUGGUUAUUAUAGCAGCAUAGUAAUGAAAGUCCUUGGUUAUUCUACUGGUUAUUAUAGCAGCAUAGUAAUGGAAGGCCUUGGUUAUUCUCCUGGUUAUUAUAUCAGCAUAGUAAUGGAAGGCCUUGGUUAUUCUACUGGUUAUUAUAUCAGCAUAGUAAUGGAAGGCCUUGGUUAUUCUACAGGUUAUUAUAUCAGCAUAGUAAUGGAAGGCCUUGGUUAUUCUACAGGUUAUUAUAGCAGCAUAGUAAUGGAAGGCCUUGGUUAUUCUACUUGUUAUUAUAGCAGCAUAGUAAUGGAAGGCCUUGAAUAUUCUACUGGUUAUUAUAUCACUAUAGUAAUGGAAGGCCUUGGCUAUUCUACAGGUUAUUAUAGCAGCAUAGUAAUGGAAGGCCUUGGUUAUUCUACUGGUUAUUAUAGCAGCAUAGUAAUGGAGUCCUUGAUUAUUCUACUGGUUAUUAUAGCACCAUAGUAAUGGAAGGCCUUGGUUAUUCUACUGGUUAUUAUAGCAGCAUAGUAAUGGAAGGCCUUGGUUAUUCUACUGGUUAUUAUAGCAGCAUAGUAAUGGAAGGCCUUGGUUAUUCUACUGGUUAUUAUAGCAGCAUAGUAAUGGAAGGCCUUGGUCAUUCUACUGGUUAUUAUAUCACCAUAGUAAUGGAAGGCCUUGGUUAUUCUACUGGUUAUUAUAGCAGCAUAGUAAUGGAAGGCCUUGGUUAUUAUACUGGUUAUUAUAGCAGCAUAGUAAUGGAAGUCCUUGGUUAUUCUACUGGCUAUUAUAUCACCAUAGUAAUGGAAGGCCUUGGUUAUUCUACUGGUUAUUAUAUCACCAUAGUAAUGGAAGGCCUUGGUUAUUGUACUGGUUAUUAUAGCAGCCUAGUAAUGGAAGGCCUUGGUUAUUCUACUGCUUAUUAUAUCACCAUAGUAAUGAAAGGCCUUGGUUAUUCUACUGGUUAUUAUAGCAGCAUAGUAAUGGAAGGCCUUGGUUAUUCAACUGGUUAUUAUAUCACCAUAGUAAUGGAAGGCCUUGGUUAUUCUACUGGUUAUUAUAUCACUAUAGUAAUGGAAGUCCUUGGUUAUUCUACUGGUUAUUAUAGCAGCAUAGUAAUGGAAGGCCUUGGUUAUUCUACUGGUUAUUAUAUCACCAUAGUAAUGGAAGGCCUUGGUUAUUCUACUGGUUAUUAUAUCAGCAUAGUAAUGGAAGGCCUUGGUUAUUCUACUGCUUAUUAUAUCAGCAUAGUAAAGAAAGGCCUUGGUUAUUCUACUGGUUAUUCCAGCAUUAUUACUAGACAGUCAACACUGUACCUCUCUCUCCAAGCACUAGCCACAUCCUCCUGAACUACUCACUCAGAUUCUGAUGAAAUAUUAUACAUUACAAUAGCUGCCUCUUAUGGAGGGCUCCCCGCUAAUAUUAUAGUCUAGGAUCAUCAUCAUCAUCAUCAUCAUCAUCAUCAUCAUCAUCAGCAGCAGCAGCAUCAUCAGCAUCAGCAUCUUCAUCAUCAUUAUCAUCUUCAUCUUCAUCUUCAUCUUCAUCAUCAUCAUCUUCAUCUUCAUCACCAUCAUCAUCAUCUUCUUCUUCAUCAUCUUCAUCAUCAUAGUCAUUAGUCAUCAUCAUCAUCAUAUGGGAUGAUUAGAAUAAUAUGGAUGCAUUUAAAAUGUUAUAUCAGAUAAAAAUGUAACUAUGGUGUUUAGUACCGCUCCAAAAUGACAAUCACUUGACAAUAGGUUCUGAAGAUAAAGUAAGCUGGCCAUUCUGCUUGACAGAGAAUAAUACAUGAAUGUGGUUUGUAUGCUUUAUUAAGUCCUUAUAUAGGUACUUUCAUACCAGAUAAGUUGUAAUAUGUAUGUUUAUUUUGACAAAAGGACAAAGAAACCUUUAUACAUGACAAUGUCAAAAUGUACUAAAACACUCCAAAAACCAUUGGAAUAUGUCUCCAGUAUGUAGUUUAGAGUGGCUAAAACUGGAUUAGAGAAGGAAUGUUAAGACCAUAAAACAAUAAAUUCUUAGUCAAAAUCUAAUCUAAACCCUCCGCAGAAUUAAAUAUAUUUUCAUAUUAGUGUUGAAAAAUAGAUGGAGUUGGGGACAGUAAAGGUGUUGUAUUCAAUAUAUGGGCUUUCAUGUGCUAAAUGGAAUGUUAUUCAUAUCUGAGUGCACAGUGUUUUGGGGUUAUUCUGCAGGACUGGCUUCCUCUACCAUGGGACCCCAUUCCUUUUACUGAGAGCCGUUUGAGAAAAUCUCAACAGACCUUGAUACAAUUACUGAACCUUCCUCUCUCCAUCUUGUCUCUCAUGCCCCCCCCUCUCGCCCCCCCUGGCCCUGCUACAGACCUCACGGGGGAAUAGCAGCGACUAUUCAGAAGAAGAUUUGGUCAGUCAGGCAUCAAAUGUAGGCCUCUUCUCACACAUUCGCUGCCGUGGCGGCGGCGUCAGGGGACCUGGAUUGUGCCUUUUCACACACUCCUCUCAGCAGACUCAAAAACCCUCAGCCCGGGGAAUAGAGGAGGAGAGAGAGAGAGAAGAGAUAGAGAGAGAACGAGAAAGAGAGAGGGAGAGGGAGAGGGAGAGAAAAAGAGAGAGAGAGAGACAGAGAAAGAGAGAGAGAUGGAUAGAGAGAGAGAGAGAGAGAGAUGGAUAGAGAGAGAGAGAGAGAGAGAGGAGAGAGAGAGAGAGAGAGACUUGACUUUUUGUGUUUCUUUAAUGAUACAUCCUCAUUUCAUUAAAACCUCAUCCCCCUUCAAAAAGCAAAUAUCCCCUGUGAUGCAUACUCACCUUACUCCAUGAUACAAAACAACACCACACAUCACAAUAACCAAAACCUCACCACUUCUACAACGGUAUAUCCAACCCAUUCUCCCCAGCUGUACAGACGGCCCCCAUGACACACCAUAUCUCCUGAAACAUCUCUACACUUUUUAUAACUCAAAUUCCACCCUCAGGCGCACAGAGACCAUCCCAUUAAAUAAUAAGAAAGGGUCUGUUAUCCCCCCACCUUUGACCCUGUUCCUCCUUGUUAGCCGAAUAGCCAACUUUGCCUGAGCAAACUGAAAAUUCAACAACACACAUUUGGCCUUUUCCUUAUUCGAAAUCGUGUACCCCAUUAUAAACAUCCCGACAGUAAACUCCACCUCCAACCUCUCACACAGACAUUUCAACAGAGACAUUAAUGGCAUUAACUUGGCGCACACAGAAAACACAUGAUGCACAGUUUCACUCAUGACACAGAAAGGACACCCCUGUCCGACUCCCGGGUCGACCCUUGCCAACCAGCUGUUAGUGUCCAGGGCUCCAUGUAGAACCCUCUACUGGAGGUCCCCUGAACUCUUUGGUACUGGGAGUUUGUAGAGCCCCCUCCAUCUAAAACCCACCAUACUCUCUGUCCCACAUGCCCCCUGCCACUGAUGUGCCGUCACUUCAGUUAGGCUCCUAAUAUUCCUCAACUUAAUGCAGAGGAUGUAUAGGGCUUUACCUCCCUCCCCCUCAAACGCCUCCAGGCUCGGAGUGUUAAAAUCUAACAAGUCCUCCAGACCCCCUUGUCAGUCCCCAGUCUCUGCCGUCACCUGCAGUGGCGUAAACAUUGGUGGCCCCUCCCCCUUUGGCCGCUCAAACACCACCCUUACCGGCUCAGACAGCACAUCCUGGACCUCCCCCAGGAAUCUCUCCAGCUGCCGGUCCAACCCUAACCUGCCAGCUCUCCUCAGCAGUGCGGAUGCUUGUUCCCUCCAGCCGACAUCAGUAUGAUAAACCGCAAGCUCUCAUCAGCAGCGCAGAUGCUGGUUCCCUCCAGCCGACAUCAGUAUGUAACCCGCCAGCUCUCCUCAGCAGCACUUAUGCUGGCUCCCUCCAGCCAACAUCAGUAUGGUACAUCAGUCUCUGCGCUGCCUUUAGUCAGAAUGCAGCCACCCUGCUCUCCAUUUCCACCAGGCCCUGACCUCCUUCGUGUACGGGGGGGGGGGGGCCCUAUCCCUCCAUGCCCCACAUAACAUUUAAGUCAUUUAGCAGACGCUCUUAUCCAGAGCAACUUACAGUUAAUGCAUACAUUUUUUUUUUUUUUUCAUACUGGCCCCCCGUGGGAAUCGAACCCACAAUCCUGGCAUUGCAAGCUCCAUGCUCUACCAACUGAGCUACAAGAGCUUUGCUCUUGCCCCAGUUCACCUUAGCUGAAGAAGCUCCCUCGUACACCUUCAGACUAGUCUCUAGUGCCUGCAUAUCCUGCCCAUCCCUGACCAUUACAGAAACAUAAUAUGUAUACGCCGACACUGUUAUGCCUGUCAACACACCCAUGGCUGUCCAGCACACUCCCUGCAGUCUGCUGCGUAGCAGGCCCAAAAAAGGCUCAAUGGCUAGUGUAUAUAACUGCCCUGAUAGAGGGCAUCCUUGUCUAAUACCCGACCUCACACAGACUGGCCUACUGAGCCCUCCUCCCACCUUGAUCAUAGAUGACGCCCCAGCAUACAACAUCUUCACACAGGCCAAAAACCUUUCCCAACCCCAAACACAGACAUCACAUUAAACAGAUACUCAUGGUCCACUCUAUCAAAAGCCUUCUCUUGGUCUAAAGAGACCAGUCCAAAGUUCACAAUAGAAACUCUCAACAAGUCCAACAUAUCCCUAUUAAGAACAAGUUGUCUGUGAUUAAGCAUCCCGGUACACAAUAUGUCUGGUCCUUGUGUACUAUAGAGUCCAGAUGGGACUUCAGUCAGUUAGCAAGGACCUUGGCAAUUAUCUUGUCGUCCGCACAGAGCAAUGCCACAGGCCUCCAGUUCUGAAGUUCACACAAAUCCCUCUCUUGGGCAUUAGAGUCAGAGCCGCCCGACGACAGCUCAUCGGCAACUCUCCUACCCCGACGCACUCACGUAACACGCAAAGGAAGUCCAGUCCAAUUACAGCAACUCUCCUACCCCGACGCACUCACGCAACACGCAAAAGAAGUCCAGUCCAAUUAUUCCCCAGAAUUUUUUAUAAAACUCCACUGGGAGUCCAUCGUCCUCCGGUGCACGGCUGGGGGACAUCAGGGUUAUGGCCUCUGCCAGUUCAUGGAACAACAGGGGAAUGUCCAGUUCAUCCCUCUGUGCCAGAGAGAGUUUAGGGAGUUCUGCAAACAAAACCUGAGCACACAUAGGAUCACACAGUUCUGCCCUACGCAACUCAGUAUGAAACUCCACAGUCCGCUCCCGCAUAUCCCCCACCACAGAGGUCACCCGCCCAUCUGACAACCGUAGAGAAUGCAUACCCUUGGCUUCACCGCUCUGUAUUUCCAAACCAAAGAAGAAGGAGCUGGGAGCAUCCAUCUACUUGAGCAUGGAGAACCUUGCUCUUACAAGUGCUCCCUUUGCUUUAACCUGGAAAAAACUGCCCAGGUCCCUACGUAAUUCAGAUAAUUAGCCUGGAGGCCUACAUUUCCUUGCCCCACCAGCUCUACCUCCACCUCACUGAUACUACACUCGAGUUCCCUCAAUACUCUCCUAGCCUCUGAGGAUGAGAGAGCUGUAUACUGUUGUCAUAAAAGCCACAUUGACUUUUCCCACAUCCUACCAUUGACUCAGAGACUCAUACUCCUCUCUUCGCUGCCCCCACCUUUCCCAAAAAGUCUGGAAACCUGAGCAAAAAGUGGCAUCUUGUAAGAGCUUUACAUUAAACUUGGUGAAAUAGACAGCGGAGACAUGUUUAUGUGCUGCUCCGAAAAACCCACCAGGUGAAUGGUAGCACCCAACAGCCUAUUGCUCUGAUUCCUGGACAUGUAAAACCGACCGAGUCGGGCUGCACUCACCCUAGCCCCAAAGACCUUCACCCAUGUAUACUGUCUUGUGUUUGGAUGUCUAUUUCUCCAAACAUCCACUAGGUCAAACUGAUGAAUGAUGUCCCUUAACACCCCCACUGAGCCUGAAUGAGGCUCCUCCCCAUUUCUGUCUUUCAUAAAAUCCAUCGUACAGUUCCAGUCCCCGCCGACCAUCAGCGUCUCCUAAGGCGCUACCUGUGAGAGUUCCUGUCUAAGAACCCUCUCCUUCCCUGUGUUAGUCGCAUACAUAUUUUUAAGGACAAACCCCUGUUGUUAAUUUAUGCUUUUACUACAAGCAGUCUACACCUACACUCCUCCUUUGAGGAGUACAUUUUUACUGUCACCCCUGCACUAACAUUUGUUCCAUGGCUCAGCACACAUGCCCCUUUCCACCAGAGCCCCCAAUCGACUUCAUUCACCACAUCACUAUGCCACUCCUGCAGAAAGAACACCUGUACUUUUCUUUGUUUUACAUAUUCACCCAACAUACUGCUCUUUCCCGCAUCUCUGGCAUCAUUUAUAUGAAACGAGCCUACCCGAAGAGUCUCCAAAGAAGUGGGAGAAAGCCAGCAAGAAAGAGACCAAUAGCAAAGGUCAAAAAGCCCCAGUGCUAGAAAAAAAUGAUUCAUCGAAACAGCGUCCGAAGGUAGACCCUUAUGCACGGUUGAGACCCACUUCCUCAACCUAAAACGUUUCCUGGGUGAGAGGACACGAUGCCCCUCAUUUUUCAUAGUGUGUUGUACUGAUCUUAAAAACUUUCCCGGAUUGCAAAAAAAAGCUUCAAGAUUAACCUUCUUUUUCCCUUUAGUCUCAUUCAGGAACCUUGACAGUUCCCUCACCGUGUACUUUGACCCCUCUGCCUGACUGGCUGUCAGCUCUGGACCCAUUGAGGAGGAGUCUGAAAAGAAAGCCUCCUCAUUGUCCUCUUCCUCAGACUCACCUUCCUCCUCCUCAUCUCCAUCUCCCAUCCUGACCACCUGCCCUUUCUCUCUAGUCGGUGCCUCCCCCCCAGCACCAGGCAAAGGUUCCUUGGUGCCUUUGACCACACCAGCCUCUGCCCUCCCACCUCCUUUCUUCACCCCCUUUUCCCUCUUCUGCAUGACACCCUCCUCCACCCCCCUAGUCACUUCCCCUUCCACACUAUACUCUCCUCAUCCACUAGCAUAACCUGACUAGACCCAGCCUCAUCUACACCACUAUCCAUAGCAUGACUAGACCCAGACUCAUCUACACCACCAUCUGUAGCAUGACUAGGCUCACUUUAAAAUGCACUUUUAACUGUUGCUCAUUAUUAUUCAGAAACAUGAACACAUGUUUAACGGCAUCUGCCUGAAAACCUGCCAACAGUACAUGAAAACCGCUAGCAAACUUACCAAAACGACUCAUCUCUUUCCGGAUUUGAUCAUCUGUAAUAAACGGAGGCAGAUUCGCAACUACCACCCUUGUCGAAGGAGUUGAAAUAGGAGAAAUUGUUACCAACACAUCCCUUACAAAUAUUCCACUAGCAAUCAGCCUACAGACUAAAUGUACUCUUUUCAUGAACACAACCACCGCGUUGUUCAUUCUGGAUGCGGAAUGUAUAAAUUCAGCAGAACCUCUUCCACCUUAACUCCAUUCUCAGGAACACACUUGAAUUCAUGCCGUAACGAUGUAAUCCACGCUAGGCUGCGAAGCCAUCGUGCACAAUACACCGUUCAAACCUCAGGAAACUAAAACUCUGUCCUCUUCCUCCCUAGCUUUGAACAAAAACAAUGGGUUCCGCUAAAAUAACAGUGCGUUGACCCUCCACCAUAGAAAAUAAAAAUUGAAAGAAAAGACAAAGGAAAGAAUCAAGAAAAUAAGUAAGGACAGAGCCCUCCACAUGACCUCUCAACUACAAAACACUCCCAGCAUGUACUGAGAAAGAGAUUAGAGAGAGAGAGAGAGAGAGAGAGAGAGAGGAGAGAGGAGAGGAGAGAGAGAGAGAGGAGGAGAGAGAGAGAGAGAGAGAGGACGAGACAGGAGAGCAGAGACAGAGACAGAGACAGAGACAGAGACAGAGACAGAGACAGAGACAGAGACAGAGACAGAGAGAGCUCCUGGGCUAAAGGAGUGUGACCUCUGGUGACCCUCCAGUCUCUGUGCUUCAGGGGGUUUCAGCCUGAUGCUUUCUGUCUAGGUCCUGGACCUGGUUCUACCUCUAACAGGAGGAGAGGAGAGGGGAGGAGAGGAGAGGAGAGGAGAGGAGAGGAGAGGAGGAGAGGAGAGGAGAGGAUGAGGACGAGGAGAGGAGAGGAGAGGAGAGGAGAGGAGAGGAGAGGAGAGCGAGAGGAGAGGAGAGGAGAGGAGAGGAGAGAGGAGAGGGGAGAGGAGGGAGAGGAGAGGAGAGGAGAGGAGAGGAGGCAAGGAGAGGAGAGGAGAGGAGAGGAGAGGAGAGGAGAGGAGAGGAGAGGAGAGGAGAGGCAAGGAGGAGAGGAGGAGAGGAGAGGAGAGGAGAGGAGAGGAGAGGAGAGGAGAGGAGGAGGAGAGGAGAGGAGAGAGAGGAGAGGAGAGGAGAGGAAGGAGAGGAGAGGAGAGGAGAGGAGAGGAGAGGAGAGGCCCUCAAUGGACACAUGAUG